AUGUCGUACCUGGAAAAGGAUUUAGUAAAGAUUCUUAAGGACUCAAGUUACCACUCAAAAGAGUGGGAAGAAACUGAUCCUGAAGAAGAAUGGCUUAUUACACAAUCUGCAGUAGAAGAUGAUGGAAUUAUUGAGGAACUUAUAAAACAAAAAUCAUCAUCAAUAUAUAUUUAUAAUAAAUGGUGGCAUUCUUCUGCACUUUUGAGAUUAUUACAUGAUGAUUGA